GUUUCUUUUUCCGUUUUAUUAUAAAAUGACCAGUUCACAAGAUUUGCAGUUAUUUUUAAAUUCGAAUAUAACGACAGAUGGAGACUUAAACUUAGAUAAGAUUACAGGUUUGCUUGCUCUGAAGAGAGCAGAACAAUCGAAACUCGAUGCCAAGCUUCAAACAUUGACUGAUAGUACAAGAUCUCUGUUGAACACUUCCUUGAAGGAAUCCCAAACACACCGCACAUCACUCAUACAGCUUGAAAAUUCUUUCGCAGAAACCGUAAAGAAUAUCGACCAAUUUGUUGAGUCUAGUAAAUCACCCUUACUUGAUACUUUGAGUACGCUGGAACAAAAUUUAAGGACAAUUGAAAAUGCAAAGAGCUACGUUAAGGCACUUCUGAUUGUCUCGGAGCUAAGCUCGCAGGCAUUAACGCUCGUACAAACCGAACCAGAUAAAGCGAUGACACCUUACACCCAACUUGUGAAAUUUGAGCAACACGUCAAUCAGCAAUCAAUGGAUCAGUACAAUGAUUUAUCACUGCAUUUGAAAAAAAGCCGAAUUCGUCUUAAGGAAGAACUUGAUGCGGUUUUAGCAAAGAACUUUAAAGAGAGUUUGGACGCAUUGUCUUGGCCAACACCUAUAAAACCACCUUACGGACCACAACUUAAACCAAAACUGAAGGUAUUUGAAAAGGCUUUCCGAAAUUUAUUGAUUUUACAACAAUCAUCUCAAGAUUUUAAAAUAGAAGGCGAGUUUAUAUUAUCGCCUCUGUCUAUUAUGUUAGAAGGACUAUCACUGAGGUUUAGAUUUCAUUUCGAGACAUCCAAGCCCACAAACCGUAUUGACAAGCCUGAAUGGUACUUACAACAUGUCAAAAACACGAUUUCAACCCAUUUACCAUUUUUGAUGACAACCAUUCAACCCAUUCUAGAAUCAAGCAAAGAAUAUUUACCUCAUAAAGUCUUUAUCAAGGAUCAAUUUAUUUCUGGUUUAUUAAAAGAUGUGACCAGAAAAUUGCAACAUACAACACCCCAAUUAUUAAAUCAACCCAGCUGGCUCAGCCAUACGAUCAGUCAAGUUUUGCAGUUUGAUAAAAGUCUUCUGGAUGAUUUUGCUUAUGACCAGCCGAUUUCCAAUGUUGUGUUAAGUAACCCAGCCUGGUUUAAUGCAUGGUUUGGAGCAGAAAAGUCAUUUGCUCAAGCAAGAUACGAUGAAAUCAUGUUGGAUGGAAAAGCAUUUGAAAUUUAUGCGGAGGAUGAUCUAGAGAAACCCACUGCUGAUUCAAAAUCGAUUAAGCGCACUAAAUCAGCCGUUCGUCUCAUCAACUUAUUGGAGAAUAUCACAAGUGCUUACAAUUUGGUCCCUGAUAUCGCACAAAAGUUCAAAUUUUUAGUGGAAAUUCAAUUGGAUUUAUUGGGUCAAUAUCAAAAACGUUUGUCAACAGCGAUUGAUUCAUUUGAAGCGUUGAGUUUAAUAAGAUCUGUGCCUGUACCCGGUGCACUCCCCGAUUCAGUAACGGGUGUCAUGACCUCUACGGAGACAGGUGGUAUUGUUUCUGCUUUACAUCGUUUAUAUAAAUGGUGGACUAGUGCUAGAUCAAUUAUGGAUGUACUGAAAGAUUGGACGGAAGAUGAUUUCUUCCUUGAUAUGCAAUAUCAAAUUAGUCAGGAACCCAGUUGUAUUAAAGAGGUCUCACAAGAAAAUGAAAGAAGCAACAUGUUACGCUUAUCGCGUCUAGGACACAAUCAAUAUGAAGGAUUAUUUGAUGAUGCUAUCACUGCUUAUGAACAGUUAAUCAAGCGCACUGAGAAAAUUAUUGUUAAAAUGGCCAUUAAAGAAUGGAUGAUGGAUGCAAGGAAAUAUGCCAAAAAGGAUACAUGGUGGCAAACAUCUACUGAUACACCGACAGAAAUUUCGGAUGAGCUCUAUGAGCCACUUCAAGACUUGAGAGUGACAUGGAAUUAUUUACAUGGUAUUUUACCAGAAUACGAUUUCUUGAAUGUGUUUCGUCAAAGUCUUUUAGAAAUCGAGGACUGGUAUUGGAAAAACAUUAUUACACAAAGUCAAUUUUCGAGCGUGGGGGCAUUACAGUUGGAGACAGAUUUGAAGUUGGGUUUAUGGAAGAUCGGGCAGCGCUGGGUCCUCAAGCCAGAAAAUUUAACCAAGAAACUCAAAGAGGCCAUUCAACUGUUGACAUUGCCAUUUUCUUCCGAGAAGGAUUCGCUUUCUUGUGAUGUUUUGAUGAAGGCACUGGCCGAUACUAAUCAGUUAGAAUUUGUUCAAAAGACACUAGAAAAACUGGGUAUCGAAACUCUCAGCAACGGACAAAUCCGUGAUGUGUUGAGAAGAAGAAAUGAUAUGCUUUAUAGCUGGAAUUAAAUAAAAAUAUCUUUGGAGUACUUUUUAAGGAUUUCGUGAUAGAGAUUAUAAUAAUUAGGUUUGAGGCGAUUUAACGAUCGGUCAUGAAACUCUGAAACUGCAAGUGUGGGUGGAGACAAACCUGGGAAUGUA